AUGGCCUUAGAGAACGCAAUUUAUAACAAAGCCGCAGAGUGCUUGGAAAUCUUCAAUGAUUGUAUUGAGUCAAUGGUAUCGGCGCCAUGGCCGCAAGACCAGCUUGACCGAUUCAACCUUUGGGCCGCUCACGGCGGCAUCUUUGGAAGUUAUCAGAAACGUACUUCCAUGGACUGGCGCCUGCGCGAGCGACCAGAGCUGGUGGACAUGAUACUGCAACUCCUGGCUCUACUGCAUGAGUAUCUCUCUGCAAUCUGUACCUUGGCCGAUCCUAUUGCCGGAAGGGCUAUCGCGACUGUAGAAGAUAUAGGCAGCCAGACUCAACUGCCCUCGUCUCACGUAUCAAAAUCGGCUAGCUCAUCAGAAUGUUCAUUUGGCCAGGCUCCCGAGACAUCGUCUGUAGUUGCAGACCCAAUCGACACAAUGCGAGAGAAGGUGGAGCAGGCGCUUUCAGAACUUUUCAGAAUUUCUGCUGCCAUCCGCUCCGCUGGGAUGAGUUACAGACAUACCAAAGCCGCAAACUUUGUUGAAUGGCAGGACGGCGUGAAUUUAACACAAAAAUUCAGAGAAGGCGUAGAGUUGUUGCUGCGAUACAAGAAGCCUUCCCCUAUCGACUACAUGGUGAAGCGGCUAAUCGAAACCGUUAGUUUACGGCAACGGGAACUAGCAUACUCCCGCCGCAAGAGGGUGGGCCGGAGUGAAAAAGAAGCCAAAGAAGAGUCCUUCAAGUCCCACACACAACAUGAUGCGGUCCAGUCAACAGUAUACACCGCCACAUACGUGCCUACAACGGUUUUUUCUCAGACAAAGCCUGUGAAGAGCUUGAUGAUACGACCUCAGUGGUCUACAAUAGACGAUUCUCUCACCAAUCUUCCGCUACCACCAGAAGUGGGCGAAAAAUUGGAGUUUGAAUGCCCCUAUUGUGGAAUUCCACUCGCAAGGGCAAUAUUCCAAGGACCUGCCUGGAGCGAUGCAUGGAUCAGUCACAUGCAGACGAAGCAUAAAGUGGCAGAAUGGAAAUGUGUCUCAUCGUGUCAAUCAAAUAUACGGACCUUCCAGACGGAAGCAGAAUUCUUAAUCCAUACCGAGAAUGAACACAAAGAAGAUUUUACAACCGAAGAAAUGCUCGAGCUGGCAAAUAUCGGAAGAUACGAGAUAAAUCGGGAGCUUGGGGUUGAUAUUUUGCUGGAGUGCCCAAUAUGCACAAUAUCGUUCGAAGACCAUGAAUUUUUGACCGUGUACAGUCACAUCGCCGAAGAGCUUGCGGAAUACGCCUGGAUAUCUCUUCCAGAGUCCCCACAUGCCGAUACAAACGUGUCCCAGAAAGCUUCUUCAAAG